UGCAUUGCCCGAUGUGAGCCAUGAUUUACUAGGCUUAUAAAGGCGUUUGCCGUCGCUCCGGCAAUGCUUGUUUUUUUCUGGUUAUGGGUUCCAGAUUCACGUCUCUCCCUCAGAAGAGGCCCGGUAAUUGUGCUUCGAGGACCUCUCCGCUGCUCUAUACUCUACACCCUUAGCACUGGUCAAUUAAUCCACCCAACGUCACCAUGACCUUGAACUCCAUAUGCCUCAAGGUCUCCGUCGGCCUCCUAAUGGUUGUCUCCAUAAUCGAGCUCUCCCUCAUCUCCGCCACUGUCGGCUUCCUCUCACAACGUGCCAAGGGCACAUUCGACGUUGUAUCUGGUGACUCGACAUACCCCAUCUCAGGCGAGCCCGCAAACCUCAUCGUCGACCAGGGCCAUACCAGUAACGGUGCCUCGGGAACGGCCUUCAUCAUCAUCGGCUGCUGCGGAUUUCUCGCCCUCUGGCUACGCGACCGCCCGGCAUACCACGCCAAAUCCUUCGCUGGCAUCUUCAGCCGGGGCUGGUACAGACUGUGGCUUGGGCUCAACGUCCCUGCGCUCUUGUUGACGCUGGGAGCUCUAGCGUUCACCUUUGCCGUAGCUAAUGCCCAUGACGGUCAGAGGAUCGAUCUCGGGGUGGCAAGAGGGCUGAACGGCGAGGCCUACUCGCCAGAAACUUGGACGCCGCAGAAUUGGUUCGACGCGCUGCUGAAGCUGGACCUCGCGAGCCACACCGACAGGAAUGACAUCCAGCGGGUGUACAGGAUCGCUAGGGGCUGGCAGUAUAAUCUGAUCCCCUUCUUCAUUGUGCAGCUUGCGCAGACGGUGCUGGCUUUGUUGGAAGCAUCGAGAAAGAGGAAGGCCGAGAGGCAGUACGGCCACGAUGGUGCUAAGAACGAUCUUGGGUAUGCCGGCAAAUGAAUGGGCUUGCAUAUUUUCCUCAGCUCAGGCUUAUAUAACUUCUUUGGCGAGGUUUUCCACCAGAGGGUACAGAGUUGUUGGCCACUCAUCUCAUUUGCCUCGUGGUUAUAUUUCCAUGUAUCAGCGUCAGACGCACUUGUGUGCAUCGCUCUGGUCAUAGAUAACUACAUGAAAGACAAUAUGAUAAAAUGCCGUGACCUGUUCCGGCAGGAUGAGUGGAUCUUGGUAUCCUCCAGGGCUAGUAUUUCUGCCUUGUGCAUAGACACACAUACCUAAGUAUGUACUGCAUCCGCAUAUGUACAACUGUUACACCG